AUGGCGGCCAUGACUCGUGACACUCUGGGCGGCCCUAUCAAUGUGACUGGGGCAAUGGAGCCUGGGUUCGCGGUAGAGGCUCUCCGCUAUUUUUCCGGCUGGACUGACAAGCUAUCUGGUGAGACAUUCCCAGAGGAGGACGUAUUCUUCAAGCUUGUGCGGCAAGAACCCCUCGGGGUGGUAUCAGGCAUCAUCCCGUGGAACGCGCCGAUUGGGAGUGCAUGUGCCAAGGCAGCGCCAGCGCUGUCAACUGGCAACUGCUUCAUCCUUAAGCUGUCCGAGAAGACACCCUUUGCUGAUCUUGCAAUGGGGAGUCUGGCCAAGGCGGCCGAGUUCCCGCCUGGCGUAUUGCAGGUCCUCUCGGGCGAUGGUAGCACCGGAGCCAUUAUUGCGAACCACAUGCGUCUCCGGAAGGUCUCGUUCACUGGCUCAACUGCAACAGGCAAGGAGAUACAGGAAAUGGCCGCCCAGUCUGACCUGAAGCGUGUGACGCUCGAACUAGGUGGCAAAGGUCCGGCCCUCGUGUUUGGCGAUGCAAAAAUUAAAAAUACUGUUACCUGGUCUCUGGUGGAGGAAAAGACCAAGCUCGUCGGUGAUCCUGAUGACCCUAAUUCCUUUGUUGGUCCUGUUGUCGAUGAGUCCCAGUUCAACCGCGCAAUGGGCUUCAUAAAGCGUGGCAAUAGUCAAGGAACAGUCCUGGUCGGCGGGAACAGGGUACAUGAUAAGGGAUGCUAUGUUGCUUCCACCGUCUUCACUGAUGUGGCCGAGGAUGCUGAGAUCAUUCGCCAAGAGAUUUUGGUCCAGUGGCUGUAA